GUCCUGGCGACGAGUGACCACGAGGUAACAGCUGGAGUCGGCUUAACAUGGCUACCUCCAGCUGGUCUGGGUUCACGAAGGAAGAUCUCCAGCAACUUCGGGAUCCGGAGACGAAACGUUCCCCAGCUAAAUACUUAACAACUCUAGACCAGGGCUGUACCGAUGCUUCGACAACUGGGAUCAGCCGCCGAUAUGGCACCAUCGACCAUCGGACAGUCACAAUCCAAGGCUGGCCAAGGUGGGAGAAUAUAUCCAGCUUUGAACCAAAGAAAUGCUCAUAAUGAACAGGUGCAAGAUCAUAGCAAGGAGCCUUCUCAAGGUGCUGAUGCUGUUCUAAUGGACAAAGACCUGCAUAGUGAAGAAACAGAAGACACUGGAUUCACUGCCAAAGUGUCUGUAGGUGAAGGAAAACAAGAUGAUGAUGAAUUCAAACCAGAAGCAGAAAGAACUUCAACAAUUGAGACAAACACAUCGUGUUCUCCAGUCAAGCUGAGGGUGAAUGGAGAAGCUGGCACAUAUGAAGUUGUAGAAUGUGUUUCCACUACUAAACAUGAUGUGUCAGAGGAUGCUUCUCAUCCAAAGGUGAACUCCAAUCUUGAAGUCUUCCAUUCAAGGCAGAAAGCCAUUGAGGAAGAAAACAAACGAAGGAAAGAACUGCUUGCUAGAGCUAUUGCAGAACGGAGAAAGAGGACUGUGUCUGAAGCUACCAAGCUGAAAGAAAUUCAAGAUGAGCUUCAAAGGAUAGAUCUGUCCCUUUCUUCUGAUGUGAGCAUUCUUCGUAAUAAGAUAGAAGAAGCAAGUCUUGAGUUUGCUGAAGCGCAAAAGAGAUAUGAGAAGGCAGAGAAGGAGUUUGUUGAGGCUAAAAUGUUGCUCUUCAACAAGAUGGAAAGGAAGGAGCAGUUAACAGAGCAUCUAUGUCAUAUAAUUGAAGCCAAUGAAUGCAGAAAAGCCAACAAACUAUCAGAGCUGAUGCAAAAAUUGGAGCUACAUGAUGAAGCCAUUGUGGCAGACCACAUUGGACAAGUUGUACUUCCAUGCGAAGGCUCUCUCAAUGAGGUGACUUACAGUGCCUGCACAACGCUAAAAGACCGCAACAAAAGGGAAGUCCAAGUGACAGCCAAUGGAAAUGAAGAAUAA